UUCACCAACCUUCACUUUCUCCACGAUUUUUUGAACAAUCGAAAUAAAUUCCUGAUUUUUAGAUAUUCGAUUCAUUGAAACCAAAAAGAUUGGAAUUUCCCGGGAAAAAAGUUUCCAUUUUUGUUCAAUGGGUGAUUCUCAUGUAGGAUUAGAUGAAGAGCAACCACCUCCCGCCCGAAUCCCUUUGCUCAGUCCAAACAUUCAAAGCGUCGCCGUUCGAGGCCAUCAGCAACAAGAGAUCCGAACAAGUAACAAUCUCGAUAAUUCGUUGGAAAAUUUGGAGAGGUUUUUGACUUUCCUUGGCUUCAAUCAAUCUUCUUUGCUGAGUCUCUCCUUGUCUUGGGCGGCGUUCACGGUCGUAGGGGUUUUGGUCCCUGUUUUGGCGCUGGAACCUUCCAAGUGCGACGGUUGUGAGACGUACCAGAUUAGGGAUUUCGGGUUGGAAGUUGUGGCUUCUCAGGCUUGUAUGGCGGCCGUUUCCUUGUUUUGUAUUUCGUUUAAUCUCAGAAAGUACGGUCUUCGGAGGUUUUUGUUCGUUGAUCGAUACGGCGGUCAAAUGGCUCGAUUUUCCGACCUUUAUGUUAAGCAGAUUUCGGCUUCUAUGCGCCUGAUGGUAUGGUGGUUGCUUCCUUGCUUUAUUUUGAAGAUGGUGCGUGAGAUCAUUUGAAGUUUAUACGUGCAACGUGAUUCAUGGUGGUUAUCUGUUGCUAUUUUGGUUGCUUGGAUUUUGUCCUGGACUUAUGUUUGUACGAUUAGUCUAUCCACCAGCAUCUUGUUUCAUUUACUCUGCAACUUGCAAGUUAUUCACUUUGAUGAUUAUACAAAGCUCUUGGAAAGAGAAUCUGAUGUUGUGGUAUUUAUUGAGGAGCACAUUCGACUACGGUAUCAUCCCUCCAAGAUAAGCCAUAGGUUCCGGAUGUUUCUUCUUUUACAGUUCUUGGUUGUCUCGGUUAGCCAAUUUGUGACUCUUCUCCAGACAACAGUAUAUGGUGGAACGGUUAACUUCAUAAAUGGUGGGGAUUUUGCAAUCUCCUCGAUUGUUCAGGUGGUUGGGAUUAUUCUUUGCUUGCAUGCAGCCACAAGAAUUUCUCAUAGAGCUCAAGGAAUUGCAUCAUUAGCAUGUAGAUGGCAUGCACUGGCUACAUGUUCUUCGAACGAUGCAUCCCUUAGAUGUUCUAACAGUGCAGGAAACAUGGAAGUCCUAAAUCAAUCGAACUCACUACAUAUGACCUUUUCUGAAAGUGAUCUGGAUUCUGUGGAUUUCAUCGCCAUCCCUACAACUACACAGUUGGCUUCUUAUAUGUCUUCAUAUCACAGAAGACAAGCAUUUGUGAUGUACUUGCAAGCCAACCCAGGGGGCAUUACUAUAUUUGGAUGGACAGUUGAUCGGGGACUCAUCAACACAAUCUUUUUCAUUGAACUUACUUUGGUUACUUUCCUGCUUGGACAAACAGUCGUCUUCAGCCCCGCCUAGUAAAAUCUCCAAUCAAGCAUAUCAGUUUUUCCAUGGAUUAUAUCCUUCAAUUCCAAGUGAGUUUUCAGCUUUAUAGGUGAUUGAUUGUUUUCUUGGUUCAAGGCAUCGUCAAGUCGUUGGCUAGCUCACGGUUUCCCUGUCGCUGCAAAAAUUACUAGCCGGCUGCUGCAUCUGGUAAUUUGUUGGGAAUAAAUGGAUGACGUAGAGAGAACGAAACUGACUGUGAUGAGGUUAUUUGCCGGAAGGUUUUUGGAAGUUUUGCAUGAUGCGACAUUUGGAAGUCAGGCAAAUUUCUCUACGUUUAGUGUCCUUCAUUUAUUUAUUUCAUUGUAUGCCUAACGAUACAGAUUUUUAAUUCUUAUUAGAAAGGGAACUUUACAUUUA